CUGACAGUUAAACGCAGAGUGAGUAAAGUUAGAGAGUCGGUUAAGUUAGUUUUGGUGUUUUACGAGCUAAACAAAACCAAUAGUUAGAUACAGAUAACCAGAGGGAAAAAUGCGACUAAAACCAAAAAGAAUAGUGCAGAUUGCGCUGUUGAUUUUUGUGGCCUUUUUGUUUUUGCCCGGUGUUGGUUUAUGGUCCAUCUAUCUGGACCGACUGUUUGACAGCUCAGCGGAGGCGGCGGAUGGACCCGGAUACAUACAGAGAAUGAACAGACAAGAUUUGCAGAACACAGGUGUUCGAAAAAGAGACUGGCAUGAUUAUGCAGCCAUCAAGAGUGAUGCAGCGCGCUUAGGUGUUGGUGAACAAGGCAAGCCCUAUCCUUUAACUGAUUCAGAUCGUGUGGAUCAAGCCUACAGGGAGAAUGGAUUCAACAUAUUCGUCAGUAAUAGAAUCGCUCUCAACAGAUCCCUUCCUGAUAUUAGACACCCCAACUGUAAGAUGAAGCUGUAUGCAGAAAAGCUUCCCAACACAAGUAUCAUCAUCCCCUUUCAUAACGAAGGCUGGUCCUCACUACUGCGCACAGUUCACAGCAUUCUUAACCGCUCACCACCCCAACUCAUUGCUGAGAUCAUUCUGGUGGAUGACUUCAGUGACAAAGAGCAUCUAAAAGCACAGUUGGAGGAGUACAUGGUAUGGAUACCAAAGGUACGAAUUCUUCGUACUAAGAAGCGUGAGGGUCUGAUUAGGACCAGACUGCUGGGAGCUGCAGCAGCUAAGGGUGAAGUCAUCACAUUUCUAGACUCGCACUGUGAGGCUAACGUCAACUGGCUGCCCCCUUUACUGGAUCGCAUUGCGCGAAGCCGCAAAACAAUAGUGUGCCCCAUGAUUGAUGUUAUUGAUCAUGACAACUUUGGCUAUGAGACUCAAGCUGGUGAUGCUAUGCGUGGGGCUUUUGAUUGGGAGAUGUACUACAAACGCAUCCCUAUUCCACCCCAACUACAGAAAUCGGACCCCAGCGAGCCUUUCGAGUCUCCAGUAAUGGCAGGUGGUCUCUUUGCUGUGGACAGAAGGUGGUUCUGGGAACUGGGAGGAUAUGACACAGGACUGGAGAUUUGGGGAGGAGAGCAAUAUGAGAUCUCUUUUAAGGUGUGGAUGUGUGGUGGUCGUAUGGAGGACAUUCCAUGUUCAAGAGUGGGUCAUAUAUACAGGAAAUAUGUUCCCUAUAAAGUGCCAAGUGGAAUGAGCCUCGCCAGGAAUUUAAAGCGUGUGGCAGAGGUGUGGAUGGAUGAGUAUGCAGAGUACAUCUACCAGCGAAGGCCAGAGUAUCGGCAUCUUUCAGCUGGUGAUAUGACCACACAGAAGGAUCUGAGGAACAAACUAAAAUGCAAAAACUUUAAGUGGUUCAUGACAGAGGUGGCGUGGGACUUGUCCAAGCACUAUCCACCUGUUGAACCUCCAUCAGCAGCAUGGGGAGAGGUACGAAAUGUUGGCAGUAAUCUUUGUUUGGAAAGUAAACAAUUUUCUUCAGGCUCCUCAAUUCGUUUAGAAAAAUGUCUGAAAGGACGUGCUGAGGCAACCUGGAACCAUGGGCAGGUCUUUACGUUCGGUUGGAGAGAAGAUAUACGGCUAGGAGACCCUUUGCACACUAAGAAGGUCUGCUUUGAUGCUGUGUCUAAUAACAGCCCUGUUACUCUCUAUGACUGCCAUUGCAUGAGGGGUAACCAACUAUGGUCGUACAGGAAGGAUAAGAGCAUUUAUCACCCAGUCAGUAACAGCUGUAUAGACUCCAGUGCUGCAGAAAAGAGGGUUUUCAUGAACUCAUGUGACCCCACAUCACCCAGUCAGCAGUGGUUGUUUGAAAACACCAACUCCACUGUUUUGGACUCUUUCAUUCAUCACCACAAUGCAUAACAUUUUAGAUAUCAAUGUGGACUGCUUACUGAGAAAGCAAAGAGACGUUUUGUGCCUUGUCUGCAGUGAUGUGUGAAGACUCAUGAUCGUCUGCACUCCAAGUGGCUCUAUAGCCCGAAACCUCCAUCCGCUUUCCACACGGCCUCAUCAGGGCAACUCCUGUCCUUAUACAUUACUCCAUACUCAUACAAUUCAUUUUUACCCUGCUAAAAUCCUAAACCAUCACUCCUGCUAAAACUUCAGUCAGCUAAACUGUAAAUGAUAAAUUUUUACACUGUGCAUUACAGUGUUUUCAAGGCGCAGAUUGUAAAUAAGUGUUUCUCAACCAUUCUAAAGAGAAUUUGUCCUAAAACUCUAACUCUAAAUAUAAAACCUCUCCAAUUGAUUGAGUCCAAAUGGAUGUAGUUGUACACUGCUGCUACUACUCUUUUUAUAUGCCAACAUAAAUUUUGUGUUCUCCCAUGAUAUGCAAGAAGUUUUGUGUGCACGGCGAGAAGAAGCAGAUUCGUCCUCCGCAUUUAGAGCCUCAAAGCCUGGCCAGACUCUCAGAGCGAUUGUUAGGUCACAGUUCAACAUUCAAACUGUAUCUGACAGUGACUGUAAAAGACAAAGUAAUUUUUUCAUACCACUAUUUGCAUAUUCAAUUUUAUUCAGUCUUCCUUCAUAUUUAAUAACCUUCAGUGGUGGCCAAAAAUAUUGGCACCAUUGGUAAAUAUGGGCAAAAGAAAGCUGUGAAAAUAAAUCUACAAGGUUUCUUCUUUUAAGCUUUAAUAAAAAAAAAUACAAUGUUUCAUUGAAAUAAACCAAUUGAAAGUCAGAGGAAAAUUCCAUUAUGUAUUAAAUUAUUUUCUCUAAUAACCACUGGACACUAUUAUUGGUACCCCUUCAUUUAAUACUCUUUGCCACCUCCAUUUGAAAAGAUAACGGCUCUGAGUCUUGUAUUAUAAUAUCUGAUGAGGUUUAAGACUUCAUGUCAAGUGAUCCUAUAGAUUAUUGCUCAAUCUUAAAAUUUCUCCAGACCCUUCAUAUGUUGGUUCUCUCUCGUCUUCAGUCAUUUUCUAUAUGGUUUAGGUCAGGUAACUGGGAUGGCUGUGGCAGAACCUUGAUUUUGUGCUCAGUGACCCAUUUUUUUUUUAUUUUGAUGUUUGUUUUGAACCAAUGUCUUGAUAAAAUAUUUAACCACGACUCAAGUAGAAUCCUUGUAGAUUUAUAUUCACAGCUUUCUUCACUCAUAUUAACCAAGGGUGCCAAUAUUUUUGCUGAUGUUAAUCUGGAGUACCUAUAGAGUAGUAUGACAUCCUUUCUAUCUCCGAAGAGUCUUAAGUUUAAUAAAAUGUAUAAAAGAAAGAUUAGCUUUACAGAAUCUUUCCGAUAACGUACGAAAAAAUGAAGAAGGAGGAGUUAUACCGCGGGAGGAGCGUCAUGCAACACUGUACAACACUGUUUUAACUUAUGAUUCACUACAUGUUCGUGUCAUUUAUAUAAUAUGCACGCGACUAUUUCCAACAUAAGACAGAAGUCUUACUUACCGCGUGCAACUCGUCAUGACCCGGUUGGGAAAAUCCACCGCAUCAAACACACACGCAAAACUCCGCUGCUACCCCGGAUAAUAAACUAUAUCCAUUGUUUUCAUAAGGCUGGAUUUCUUCUCCUUACAUCCAAAAACACACUUCAUCUUUCGUGCCAUUGUUGGGUUUUGAAAUUUAACAAAGCUGAGUGGCGUGAUAAGAUGUUUGCAAGCUCUAGCGUCUCCCGCUGAUUGCCAGGUGGGCGGGGUUUUCUGGGGGAAGUGCCCAUAUAAAGAAGUGAAACGUAUAGAAACUCCUGAAACGUCAGUUGGACCUGUAAUCGAAAAAACUUUCCGAAACUUGUACGAACCCUGGCGAAGUGCAUUCGGCACAGAAAUACUCUGUAACACGUCCAACUGCUUUUUUGACACUUUGCCUACGUUUAGCAUGAAGAAACAACCCUAUAACUGUAUUAAUAAGUCAGAAUGCUUGAAAUACCAUUGAACCCCCCCUUUAACACAAGUAAAAUCCCAGAUUUAGCUAAAAUUACACUUUUUUGCCGCCUUGCAAACACUGAAAUACAAAUCCAGUCUUUGAGACUCCAACCUUAAACAGGUCAAUGGUUUGUAUUAGUGGAGCUGAGUUUUGUUACAGGAUCCGGGUUUUACAAUCAAGUUGAAUAGUUCAUCAUAAAAAGCUAACUACAAAGAUGUCUUAAAGAUUAAUCACAGCAGUAUACAAACUUGCUGUAUACUAAAUCAAGAUGACAAUACCUUUUCAAAAGUUUUAAGUUUGCUAACUAUGCACAGUUUUAUAGUUAUAUGGUUAUUAUUAUUAUUUGCACUUGCUAUUGUUUUUUUUGGGGGGGGGGGUCACUCCACUGUGAUUGGAUUUUUAUUUUUAACACCUUUGACAAGUUUGGGAUGCUGCAAUGAGGAGUGCAUAUGUUUCUAAUGCAUAUUACAAGCACACAAUUAAACUUGAAACUACUUAAUGUGCCUUGCUGAAAGGUCAUAACCUAAGGCCCAGCACAAUGUAUGUGUCUCUAGUUUUGUGAAUCCAUUUUGUGAAUGAGACAAUAUUUGAGAAGUGUGUCUGUUUUGAUCCUGUUUUACCAAUGUGUAUUUUUUCACGUGUUAAUCAAUUUCAGAGGAUUAUUUAAGUUGUAGCAAUUAUCUUAUUUCUGUAGUUUUUUUAAAGAGAGAUCAGGGUUUGAUAAAAUUAAUGCUGUUAUUGUUUCUGGACCACAGUGUCAAAACUGCACAUCUGUAUCUGAAUAAUGAAGCAAAAAGCUUGAUGAGUCUGUGGUUUAAAAAUCUACUUUUUUAAAAGAUAACAUUUUGGGUUUUUCAUUGUGUAAAAGAUUGGGAAUAUAUAUAAGAAAUAUGAUAAUAAGUCAAUGACAAAACAAGCUGCGUAAAACAUAGAUUUUUUGUUAAAAAUGGAUCCAUUAAAAUAGAUGUAAUGUUUAUUUUUUCUGGAACAAUGUGUUUAAAAAGUUUUUUAUUAAACAACAUUUUUUCCACAAUAUUAACAAGAAUAAUUUAAAUAACAAUUAUAGACAACCUUAGCACGUAUUUAUUAAAGCAAAAAAUUAGCUGAAUUUUUAAAAUUAUUAGGCUGAUAGUUUUUUUAUUUCCCAUUUGACUUUUAUGGUUGCACAACCUGACCAGUGAAAUUAUAAAUAUAAAUAUAUUUUUAAAAACUAGUAAUGUGUAUAAUAAAAUAGCUAUUUUUCGGUAUAGAGAAAUCUACAAACUUUUCAUUCAGCCAUAAAGACUACCUAGGGUUCAUUGGAUGAUGUGAUAUUACAUUUACUGUUGUUAACUUCUUGUACCAGAUGUACUACACAUUUGAGAACAACCAAUUUGUUUGAUGUUCUCCAAGUUUUUCAAUUAUCCUAACAUCCCAACAACUAUGAAAUUUGUUUAUAGGAAAAGUUUUGAACAUAAAAUAAUGCCAAAGUAUGUUAUUUUGAAAUUUUAAUAAUUUAAAAACCAUUUUAAACAGUCCUAAAUGUAUAAUUUUUACGGAUAGUCUGCUAAUUUGCAAGUGUGAGAUACCAAAACAAGAUAUUUUAAAUCCUGGAAAGUUAUGUAAACUUAAUGGGUGAGAUAGAAUAAAGUGACACAUGUACAUAAGCAUAAAUGUAUCAAGUUAUUUUUGUAGUAAAAUAAUGCCCCGGACACAAAAAUAUGCAUUUCAUUGACCUUAAUACAGACACAGAUAGGUAAUUCUUCUUGACUUGGAUGGUGCUUUUAUAAGAAUUGUAGUAUUUCUAUAAAGUUAUUUUUAUAUGCACAACUUUAUUAUUGAAUGUGUGCAAUUUAAUUAAAAAGGCUUGUCGGUAUUGAUACUUGUAUAUGCUUCUGGCAGCAUUAAAUUCAUAUAACAUCAUAAUUCAUUAAUCAAAUAGGGAAAGUGUUUGUUCUGUAAAUGUUUCUUUCCAGUUGCAUUAAAAAUGUUGUAUCUCAUAUUUUAUCCAUUAUAUCUUUUUAAUUUCAAGGUGUGGAUAAAUGUAAAAUAAUUUUUGGAUUCUUUUCAUUUACCGAAAAAUUUGUAAAUCUUUUUCUUGUGACGUUUAGAAACAUUUUGGGUUGGUUUUUGAAGGGUUUAUCUACAGUACCUACACAAUAUAAAAAUAAUUUUUAACAGA